AUGUCCAUCUUGACUCCCGUUUUUGGGUUUGAGCUUGAAUUCUUUGUCAGGCUCAAAGACAGUUUCAAGGAAGAUCUGAAGAAGAGGCUAGAGGCCAAGGAGAACGUUCCUGCCGAAUACAGGUCCUGGAAUUUCGAGAUCACCAACAGAGAAACGGAUCAUGCCAAACAUGAUGCCCAAGACUCGCAGCGGAAGCGCAUGAGAGACCUCCUCAAGGAGUUGAUGAAACAGAGAGGACUCAAGAUAUAUGUGAACCAAAACGAGGACAGCUGGCAGGUUACUGACGAACCGGCGCUCUCGGAGGACAAGACAGACAAAAAUGACUACUGGCGCGUUGAGAUCAUCUCUCCUGCCCUGGGCUCCAAUGAGAACUGGCAGGAACAAGUUCACAACCUAUUCAAGGCCUUCAGUGAGCAGAUCGAAAUCACCACCACGAAAGGGUGCUCACAUCACGUCCACGUCACGCCUGGCACAAAGCUGGAUCACCCGUGGUUUGUCGCAGAGCAGCUGGCCAAGAUCUACUGUGGAGUCAUGUACUGGGAAAAUGCCCUGUUCAAGGUCAUGCCCCCGUACCGCAAGAGGAACACGUGGUGCAGGCCUCUUGCCGAACUCGACCCAAAAUAUUCGACAAGGCGCUCAAACGAGAAAUACACGUCGACCAACUUCACCAACGUGCUCAAGGGCUGCGGAACCGUCGAGUUCCGCCGCCAGGGAUGGGCCAAGACGGCCGACCAGACCAUCAAGCAGGUCGGGCACGCCCUGGGACAGUUCACAGCCUUCCUCGUACACUGCAAGUGGCAAGAGCUCAAAAAUACAAAGUCCAUCGGGACUCCCGCACAGUACAUCGAGGCUGUUCUCGAGGGAAUGCGGAGACUACCCGCCAAUAGCCAAGUCGCCGGUCUGAAAGAAUGGCUCCAUGCACUGGACACGGACAAUAGUACAAAAGACGCUGAAGAGCUUGUCCCCGACGAGCUCGCGAGGGCCGCAGAAAUCAAGAAAAAUCGACUCUUCGAUGGGACAAGCUUUGCUGGACCCCAAUCCCGCCCUGCUACGCCCACUACGCCGACCACGCCGGGCCAUACAGUUCCACAGCCCCAAUCCGCGUUGCCGUCGAAGAUUGUCUCGACUGCUUGGCCGGGUAGUGACACCGGACCCUACGAAAACCCCUGGGCAGAAGAAUAA